AUGCGAGCGACUCUAGUUGCUAUCUUUUGCCACCUCUCCCUGGUCUUUGCACUGGUUGAGAGACGGACAGAGCUCAGACCGGCAAUUUCACCUGCGGCUUCACACUGGAAGAGGAGUGUGAAACUUGCUAGCGACCAGACGGCAUCUGAGCGGUACUCGCUGCCAUCACGACUGGCCAAGUACAUCGACUACGUCCUGCCCGCUCCGGAGCCGGACCCGGUCUCGUCGGCUCCCAACUCUGUUGAAGUACCUCGCCUGCCGAUCGAGGCCGUAAUAGGCGCUCGUCAGACGCGCAACAUCAACUGCCUGCAAUAUAUGGCGCCGCAGUGCCUCCGCCAGCUGUAUAACAUGGACGGCGGCGCCGGCCAGACAGCUCACCCAAACAACUCGCUUGGCGUGUACACGGCCUCCUACGGCGCGUGGGUGCCCGAAGACCUCGACAUGUUUUUCACCGACUUUGCUCCGGACCUUUGGCCCAUCUUCAACCUCGAGGCCAACCUCGACUACCAGUACACCAUGGCCAUGGCAAAUCCGAUCCCCGUCACCAACAUCCAGGUGGGCGACCUCAUCGUGCAGGGCAACCUUAACAUAAUGCUGGCCGCCUUCAACAAGCACUACUGCCGCACCGGCCUAGACCCGCAGUUCGACCCCGUUUACCCGAACCCGCUGCCGGGAGGCUACAACGCGACCGACUGCGGCACGCACACGCCGCCGCGCGUCAUCGCCAUCAUGUAUGCUUGGAACGAGGCCUGGUACUCGGACGCCGAGGGCCACUUUGCCUCGGUGUUUCCCGCCGCGUGCCCGUGGGUGACCUCGGUCGGUGGCACGCAGUUCCUGCCGGUCGCCGCCGCCAACGGCAGCAACAGCAGCACUGUGUCGCCCUUCCCCGGCGAGACGGCGCUCGACAACAACAGCACUGUCUCCUCCGGCGGCGGCUUCAGCCGCGUCUUCCCGGCGCCCUGGUACCAAGGCAACCUGACGCGGGAGUACCUCGCUGCUGCCCCGGGCGCGGCCGAGCUGGCGAGGCAGGGCUACUUCGACGUCAACGGCAGGGGGUACCCCGACAUAUCAGCCAUGGGGAAGAGCUUCCUUGUCAGUCUACACGGCGGCUACCGCGCCGUGUCUGGCACUUCGGCGUCGACGCCCGUUGUCGCGGCCAUGAUCGCCAAGAUCAACGAUGCGAGGCUGCACGCCGGAAAGAGCACCGUGGGCUUCGUAAAUCCUGUGCUGUAUGCCGCCCGGAAUAGGGGGAUACUGAGGGAUGUACACCACGGCAAGAACCACGGGUGCGGAGUCAGCGAGGCAUUCCCGGCCAAGCAGGCGUGGGAUGCCGUGACCGGGUUGGGAACACCGGACUUUGAGAAGUUGAAGGAGUUGUAUCUUCGUUUGCCGUAG